GAGAGCCUCGCAUUGAUGAGACACAGCUGUAAACUAGUAAUAACCAGGUCCCAGCUUUGGCGCUAACACCAUGUGACUCCCUCUCUCCUCUGUCUCUCAAACUCAAAACCAACACACCACACACACACACCCUUGUGUUGUGACUUCACUUCUUCACUCUCAUGGCUUCUUCUUCUUCUCUUCUUCUCAGCCUAACCCUAACUCUCUCCCUCUUGCUCUUGGCUGUGGAUGCUCAGAUCGAUGAGACGAGCUUGAAGCUGAUGUCAGAUGCUGCUCUGGAGUGGCCACCAGCAACAAUGUCGCUGUACGACAAUGAUGAGGAGGAGGAGGAUGGUGAACAAGACAUGGAGAACGGUUUCAGCCGGAGAUCUCUUUUCUGGCGGAGGGUCAAGUACUACAUUUCCUACGGCGCUCUCUCCGCCAACAGGAUCCCCUGCCCUCCGCGUUCUGGUAGAUCUUACUACACUCAUGACUGCUACAAGGCUAGAGGCCCUGUCCACCCUUACUCUAGGGGAUGCUCUAUCAUCACACGCUGCAGGAGGUAGAGAGUGUGUGUGAGAGAGAGAGAGAGAGGUCGGCAUUUUUUUCUUUCUGUUAGAUUCUACUCUCAGAUCCAGAAUAAAAUUCACGAUUUGGGUAAGUUCAUGUUCUCUGGAAGUAAUUUUAUUGAAUUGAAGUAUUCUUAGUUGUUGUGAGUUGGGUUAGCAGUGUGUGUUGUUUCAGUGACGAGUGGGAUCUUUGGUGGCAUCUUCUUGAUGCAGAAAUGAAUGAAUGUGCUUUCAUUUAUUUGUUAGCUACUUCAUAUUUAUUUGUUUGUAUAAACCCAAAAAUGUAAUCAGAAUUAGUAUUAUUAUUGCAACUCUAGCUAAGUGGAAAUGUGCUUAAUUAUUAUA